CGAAAGUGUGGCCGUGUGCACUGUGCUAUUAGAACACCACGAUGGUACGUACCUACAAACGAAAAACUGAGAGAGGGGAAAUAUCCGAAACGUUAUUACGUCAAGCUGCCAAUGCUGUCAUACAAGAUGGAAGAAAAGUAAAAAUGGUAGCCAGAGAACUGGAAAUUUGCCACAUGACAUCGAUUUGUAAAAAAAAUUAAAGCUGGUAAAGAUCUUAUCUUAUCUAUAAAGAAGAGGUUAUAAAAGCAGAUCAGUGUUUACCACAGAACAGGAAAAAGAGCUAGUUAACUACAUUUUAAAGUGUUCAUCGAUAUACUUCGGUUUGCUGCCAGAAGAGGUGCGAAAAACUUGCGUAUGAAUGUGUAGUUAAAUUUUCUUUUCAAAUGAGGAACGCCUCCAGCCUUCUAGCAGUUCAGUUACGAUUGAAAUGGAUGACCAGCCAGGACCAUCCAAUAUUCAAAUAUUACCUCAGAUUACUUUGCAGCCGGAAUCUAUUACCAUAAACACUUCAACAUCGGGUCAGAUUUGUGAACCACCUCAACAAUCUGCAACAGAUCAGGGUGAUGUAUCUCAGGCUGCCUCUGUGACCAUUAAUAGUGCCCAAGAACUUCAAUUUACACCAGUAAAUAUGAAUGCUUCAGCUGUGUUUAAUCCUGAAAUUGUAAAGCCUUUACCAAAGGCAUCCCCAAGAUUGCAGAUGGCUACAAAACGCCGUAUUAGAAAGACAGCUGUUUUGACCGACACGCCAGAAAAAAAUGCAUUAGCUGAAGAACAGGUAAAGAAGAAAUCAAGGAAAGAAAAAGCAAUUAGAAACAAGGGGAAAGAAAACAACAAUAAUAAAGAAAAAGGUACAGGCAAGGGAAAAGCUCAAAAAAAAGGUAAACGAAGAGUAUUACAAGAAAGCGAGAGUGAUAGUGAUGAUGAGGUUCUGGAAUGGUACUGCAUAAUUUGUUGUGAUUCAUAUUCAAAUUCACUACCAAGAGAAAAGUGGAUAGAAUGUAGCUUGUGUAGAAAUUGGGCAUAUGUUAAAUGUAUAAAUGAAACUGAUAACAUUACUUAUGUGUGUCCCAACUGUGAGUCAGAUGAAGAAUUUAACGAUGAAUAAGAAUAAAAGUUACCAAAGUUGAUUACGACUUAUUAAAA